AUGGCACCCUCAGGCCCGACCAUCCGGCACGCGCGUCGUCAAGAUAUCCCCAUCAUCCUGAGCCUCAUCAGGGAGCUCGCAGACUAUGAGCGCGAGCUUGACAGCGUCCAGGCGACCGAAGAGUCUCUUGGGAACACAAUCGCCUUCGCACCCGCAGACCAGACGACCUACACACCAGGGAAGCCGCAAACGGAGCCCACGGCGCCGGGCAGGCCGGCGCGGUGCCUGCUGCUCUUCAACGAGGCCGGCGAGGGCGUCGGCAUGGCUCUGUAUUUUUACAACUACAGCACCUGGCGCGCCAAGCCGGGCGUCUACCUAGAGGACCUCUACGUGCGGCAGUCAGAGCGGAACAAGGGCUACGGCAAGCGGCUGCUCGUCGAGCUGGCCAAGGAGGUCGUCGCCAUGGACGGCGGCCGGCUGGAGUGGGUCGUCUUGAAGUGGAACGAGCCGAGCAUCAAGUUCUACGAGUCCAUCGGCGCAAAGGCCAUGGACGACUGGGUGGGCAUGCGCGUCGACGGCGACGCGCUGCCGAGGCUGGCGGGCUUGCUCGGGUGA